AUGGGGCUGGAGCUCUACCUGGAUCUGCUUUCCCAGCCCUGCCGAGCGGUCUACAUCUUCGCAAAGAAGAACAACAUCCCCUUUGAGUUCAAGCAUGUGGAGCUGUUCAAAGGGCAACACUAUAGAGAAGAGUUUGGCAAAGUGAACAUCCUAAAGAAAGUGCCAGCACUGAAGGAUGGAGUCUUCACCUUAGCAGAGAGCACUGCAAUUCUUCUGUAUCUGAGCCGGAAGUACAACACCCCUGAUCACUGGUACCCGUCCGACACACAGAAGCGGGCCCGGGUAGAUGAAUACCUGUCAUGGCAUCAUACCAACAUCCGGGGUAAUGCUGGCAAGGCCUUGUGGAUCAAGGUGCUCAUUCCCCUCUUUACAGGCCAGACACUGCCUCCAGAGAAGCUGCAGGAGGUUAUGGAUGAGCUGGCUAUUUCUCUGAAGCAGUUUGAGGAGAAAUUCCUUCAGGACAAGCCGUUCAUCGUGGGCAGUGAGAUCUCCCUGGCAGACCUAAUGGCUAUUGUGGAGCUCAUGCAGCCCAUUGGAGUAGGUUGUGACAUCUUUGAAGACAGACCCAAGCUGUCAGAAUGGCGCAACCGGGUGGAGGAAGCUGUGGGGAAGGAGCUCUUCCAGGAAGCGCACAAGAUUAUUCUGAAUAUCCAGGAACUCAGCAAUAUCCAAAUUGACCCACAGCUGAAAGAGCAUCUGGCGCCUGUGCUAAGGAAAAUGAUGAAAUGA